UGCCAUUACGUCAUUACUUAGCGACGAACGCAGUUGCAAGUGGUCAGCGAAAUGUUAGAGCAAUGUCUCGGGUUGUCUUCGCGUGAUUUAUGUCUUUUCAAACAGGACUGUACUGAAUUUUGAGAAAGAUAACGAAAGGUUGCACGUGUACAACGUUUUAUUGUCUGGCGAGUGCACUUCCAAGGUUGUUCUGAAACGCAAAAUUUUCAGCAAGCCUGCUAGCGAGCUACCUACCUACUAACUGAAUGAAUGGGAAACUACUACUAUGCUAACGUUAGCUAGUUAGCUAAAGGAGACGCUUAAUCUAACGUUAGCUACAUCUUACGUGAAUUAAAUUUUCAUGUGUAACCAUUUGAGAAUAUAAAGUUAGCUACCAAACAGAUGUUGUUGGUUACUUGUCAUAAGUUGUGCUUCAGCUAGUAGUGAAGAGUGGGAGGUAUACAAAAGACUGAUUUGCUCCGAUUCUACAGUGUUUUGCAUUUGGCUAAAAACACUGUGCUUGCAAGUUAGUUUAGCUAUCAUUCCAUUUAUUUCUAGAACCCGUCAGUACAUCCCACACACUAAAAAGAAAGGAGAGAAAUAUGGAUACCAGUAUCUCUUUUCUAAAAUACGAGCUGGCCGCCACCAUUGAACAAGCAGUGAGAUGUGCCGUAGAGACAGUCUUGAGGGAAACUGCCAGAGUGGUGGACACAAAACUAACCGCAGCUCACACUGCUGCUGCCGAAUCUCAUCGAGAGAACAAGAAUUUGAGAGAGAGACUUGAGAUGAAGGAGAGUGAACUGAAGGCUGUGCGAUACUACAUGACGGCGGCCGAGAAGAACAUCAAACAGUGCUUGCUUCUCAAUCAUAAUCAACCGCUAUCUCACGCAAUAAACGCAGAGCAUCCACGAACUGAAGAUCCUCUCUUUCUGUUACCCCCUGUCUCCUCUGAAGUUCUGCCUGCCUCGCUGAGCACCGGAGGCUCCUCUCGUAGGUCAGUUAAGUCUUUUCGAAGCUCUGCGCGGGCUCAGUUGUCCAAGUCCUUCCCCAGUGUUGGCCUCUGUUUACCUACAGUUCAGACAGAAUGGGUCAGAAGUGGCUUCAACCGUAGAAAGAUACGAUCGUCCUUAAACCCAUCCUUGCUGCCAAGCCAACGCCAAACCACCCAUUCCGCAAACGAGUUACGCACAGAGCCUGAGCUGUUGAGGACAAUGGAAGACGCAGGAAAUCAGUUCUACAUCACAGCAGAAGGCGAUUCUGAAAAAGAAUACACAGGGACAGUAGAAGGAGAGGAAGGUGCUGGGAGGUAUCAAGAGGAGGCAGUAGCGGCUCGUGAGGAUGAAGAGACUGACAUCACUCAGUUUGAGUUUGAGAUGGGGUCCCCACCAGCAGACCAUGUGAAUGAGCUCGGUGUGAUCCGUGUGCUAGAGGAUGGGGAGGAUGUCAAAGAUGGGGCCAUCAAAAUCGAGGAGGAUUCAGACCCUGCACUGGAACCUGUAUCUGAAUCAUUACCCACAGUCCAGCAGCAGACCUCCCCACCUGUUGCUGGUACCAGCAGCGCCAGCCUCAGCGCUGUCUUCCCGCAAUCCUCGGGGGAGAACCAGGAGCUGGCGUCAGAGCAGAUGGAGCUUCAUCACCAGCAACCCCAGAGCCCCGAUAAGGUUCACCGCUGCAAUGUGUGCGGCCGCGGGUUCCGCCGCUUCUACAGUCUGAAGACCCACCAGCGCAUCCACACAGGAGAGCGGCCUUACCCCUGCAUGUUCUGCGAGAAGCGCUUCCGUCACCUCGAUAGCCUCCAGAAGCACCAGCGCAUUCACACGGGGGAGAGACCCUACCGCUGCGCCCAGUGUGGCUGCUGCUUUCGUGAGCUCGGACAUCUCAAGAAGCACCGGUUGACUCACUCGCCCGCUCCCACUGGGUCCCUCCCCUCACUCCCGACUCUCCCCACAACCAGCACAUACACCUGGCCCCACCUUGCCUCGCAGUCCCUUGACACCACUUAAACCGUAUAGAGGGAUUGGAUAUGAAUAAACAUGGUUUGUUGUUUCAUUGCCACCAAACAUAUACCUGAAGUAUGUUUAAUAUUGUAUGAUCUCCUCUUAUUGCCCCUUUAUAUUUGUCCAUAAAUCAGACAACUGAAAAAGUAAUUAAUUAUUUUGGAUGAAAGUUGGCAAAAUGAUUGGCUCUGGGACACAGCAGAAAUAAUUCAGCUUACUUGGAAUUGUGCAUUAAGUAUUCAAAAGCAAAUGCUCUCAGUUGACUUGCAAAGGGUAAAUUUGUUUAAACAGGCAUUUAAGCAGGCCACCUGGUGGAGGCAAAAAUGUUUUUUUGGACGAAAGUGAACACAAACCCUGGAGCACUAGAGCACCUGUCGUGCAUUUUAAAUAUCAAUUGGGCAUAUUUUAAAGAAUGCAGUGUUUUUUAUUUAACAAGACCAGUAAGUAAUGCCAAAUGGUAUCAUAGCAUUCUACUACAGGGCCUCAAUGGUAUCUGCGCUCUGCGCACUGCUUUUAAACAUAAUGGUGUGGAACUCUCCUUGUUCCGUGUGUCCUCAGUCCCCACUCCCCACCCAUUAUACAUUGUUCCCAUUCAUUUUCAAAGUGGUUAGCCCAGAGGUCACUGGCCACUGGAUUACAGUAGCUUUCUACACUGAGGGAUGCGUUGUCAUUGGCAAUGCCCUUUAUAUGUGCUAGAUGAUGGGUAGAACCUUGCACUUGAAGUUAAAUCAUACCUUUGUUAAUAAAACCUUUGCUGUCAGUGCAGUUGGAAGCAUCACUGGUACAGGAGACCAGGGCUGCUGGACAUUAAAUCUACCUUGAUUUUAGCAUCAUUGUUGUGGUUUGUGUAAUGCUGCAGUAUACUUCUGUAUGCUCUAAAUGUACAAGUAUAGAGAAUAUUUAAUUUUGUCCAAGUGCCUCGUCUAAGGCCAUCUGUGAAGAAUGGCAGAAUAAUUCCUCAUACGUGGGACGUUUGAGGACAGUUCAUAAAACAUGGCAGGCAUGCUAGCUGAAGAGGAAGGAGAAAAUGUGCUUUUAUUUCAGUUUUUUUGUGGAAUAUCUUUCAUUAAUCUUUUUCAUGGAAAACCCAUGGUAUGUGUUUAAAAAUAAAGUAGAGAAUGUCUGUCAA